AAAUCAUUUUCAAAAUCUAAAAAAAGUGGUAAUCUCAGUCUAUAUCUCAAAAUGAAGGAUCUCGUAGUACUGAUCGUCUUAAUGGCUGCUCUGUGCAGUGCAAACCCCACGACUAUCAUAUCACAACCUGACACACCAUCAUCAGCAGGCUCUCCCAUCGGGUGCAGGAGACCCAACAGCACCUACUGUGGAGUGGACUACAGUGUUCCUGAUGUCAUAGCUACAAUGGUGCACCUUCUAGAGGACGGGAUCCAUGGGCAAAUAGAAGUAACUUUCAGUAUCAUGGCUGGACAAGAACUAGAUCCUUGUCAGUCUGCAACCAAAGCGAUAUUGUGCGCUCAAAACUUUCCAAGAUGUGAAGACAAUAAUGUAAUUCUCACUUCAACACAGAAUUGUACACAAGAUAUCGAGAGCAAUUGUGAUAUUACCUUACGAAACAUGCUUUUGGAUAAUCAUUUUUGCGACUUGAAAGAUGAAGUUGUUCCUCUAGGCACAUGUUCUGCAUUGAGCACAUUCACACCGCAGAGUGCACUCAGUAGUAAUCACUGUGGACAGAUUGAAGGUGACACUCUUGUCUCUGAAUGGAUGUUCAAGUUUAUUCAAUUCACGGAUCUUAAAGUAUCCAAGACACUUGCAACGGAUAACGGUCUACACAUAAUCGCACCGUCUUGCUCGUCUAAUCAUGCUCGAUACUUCUGCCAGUUUAUGGGAGAAUGCAACCAAGAGAGCACAGGAGUAACUGUGAAGAAUAGCUACAGUUUCUGUGAAGACACCAUCAACUGCUAUGACCACUCUAUUGCUGAUGUGCUCCGACCUCUCUUCCCCUGUGAACGCUGGAUGGACUUAGACUAUCCCCCACAACCAACAAAUCCUCCCUCACAAAGUAACCCUUCUAGUAAUCCUGUUGGCAUGUCAACACUGGCUUCUGCUCCCGGUGUGAUUUCUAUUGAUCCCAAUCCUAUAACCCUCACAUGGCCUGGCAAUGGAGCACACACACUUCACUCAACAGGAGCACUACUCAUCAGUUUAACUGUAUUGCUAACUGUACUUGCAACCGUGUUGUAGUGUGUUUAGUGUGUACGUGUCACAUAAUAUCAUUUCACCUAUACCUAUGUAUGUAUUUAAGCAUCGUUUUGAUUCACAUUUUCAUUAUGAGGCAACCCAAAAUCAUUUAUCUUGUUUGUUUAUUUUUAUCCUAAAAGUGUUGUUUUGAUGAUAAUUAUGUUCACAUCA